AUGGCCGUCUUGCAGAAGAUGUGUGUGAAGAGUGCGGCAAGUGCCAAGACACACCAGAGCCGACACCAGCACCGACUCCCUCGCCAACCCCGUUGUCAACACCAACGCCUACCCUGGCGCCAACAGCAGCGCCGUCGCCAGCGCCGACACCAGCCGCCAACACCAACGCCUACUCCAGCGCCAACACCAGCGCCAACAGCGUCGCCAUCAUCAUCGCCACCUGCAGUAACACCAGCACCGUCAGCGCCAACACCAGCGCCUACCCUGGCGCCAAUCCCAUCGCCAACACCUGCGCCGACAGCAGCGUCAACUCCAACGCCUUCUCUAGCUCCAACACCAGCGCCGACGCCAUCGCCAACCCCAGCGUCAACACCAACGCCUACCCCAGCGCCAACAGCAGCACCGUCGCCAGCGCCGACACCAGCGCCGGCUCCAGCGCCUACCCCAGCGCCAACCCUAGCGUCGACACCUGCGCCGACGGCAGUGUCAACACCAACGCCUACUCCAGCGCCAACACCAGCGCCAACAGCAGCGCCAUCAUCAUCGCCACCUGCAGCAACACCAGCACCGUCAGCGCCAACACCAUCCCCAACACCACUUCCAACAACGACGCCAGCACCAACGUCACCGUUCGCGCCAAAUCCAGCUCCAACACCAGCCACGGCGUCAUCGCAGACACCAGCGCCGACACCAGCGCCAGCACCAGCGUCAACAGCAACGCCUACCUCAGCGCCAACACCAUCCCCGACACCAGCGUCAUCGACGACCGCUGUCCUGAAGCCUUCGAGAAUUGCGGGCAGCAUGAAGCUGAGCUUCGGUGACAACGCGGCAGCGGUGGAAGAUCCGCAGGUGAAGCUGGGCGUCGAGAGGGGUAUCGCCGUGAGGAGCGGUCUCGGCGAGGAGAACGCGGAUAUGGUCGAGGCGACCUUGUCGCUGGUGUCCUCGAGGCGCCUCGCCGCUGCGGUCCGCUGGCUCUCCGGCUACUCCGUCCAGGUGGACUUCGAGAUCAACAUCCCGUCGGAGGUUUCGGCCUCGAUCGACGCGUACGACGUGGCUGAAUCGCUCGCCUCGGCAGACGAGGACAGCCUCGCAGACGCGCUGUCGGAUGCCAUCACGUCGGUCGCCGACGCGGGGUACGCUGUGGAAGUCGUUAAUCUGCCGAGCGUGGGCCCUGUCGUAGUGCUAACACCGGCGCCGACGACACAACCUACGCCUACGCCAACAGCAGCACCAAUCUAUUCCAAGGUCCGCGACGCUGGACGCUGCGACGGACCUGCGUACGCGUUCACGGUAGGAAGCGUGGAGGAAUGCGCCGUAUUAUGCAGCGCGGACGUCGUUGUCUGCCUCUAUUUCAGCUACUCUUCGGGGACGUGCCUGCUCACGGACAAUUGUGACGAGGUUGCAGCGGCACCAGACUACAGCGUGUACCAGAUUAGCUCUGGUCGCAAUGGUGUUGCCUCCGAAGCCAUCAGCGGCGUGCAUUUGCAGAAGACCACGUCGGCGCUCAUACGCCUUGCCGCGUUUUUCCUUUCAGUCGCUACGUCGCGGGCGGCCUGCCGUUGA